CAAACAAAGCCAGAAGCUCUCAAACCCAAAAUAGCCAAUGCUAAAGUCGUAGAAAACUAUCAUCAAUUUCCGAAGUAAACUGUAAAAAAUCCCAAAAUUGAUCACAUCUUCAACAGGCCUUUGCACUAUAAUCAACUGCUAGAUUCCAUUUCUUCUUCUGCGUGGAUCGCGAAGCUCAGCCAAGGAAGGAAGACCCCUCUCCUCUCUUAAUCGCAUCUCUCACUAGUAGGUAGGAGGAGGAGCUCUCCUGCAAUGGCGCUCAAUCUUCGUCAGAAACAAACCGAGUGCAUAGCGAGGGUGUUGAAUCUGAAUCAGCCGGUGAAUCCCGGCGGGACGGCGAACGAGGAGGUGUAUAAGAUCCUCAUCUACGACCGCUUCUGCCAGGACAUACUGUCGCCGCUCAUCCGUGUCAAGGACCUCCGCAAGCACGGCGUCACCCUCUACUUCCUCAUAGACAAGGAUCGCAAGCCCGUACACGACGUUCCCGCCGUCUACUUUGUCCAGCCCACCCACUCCAAUGUCACGCGCAUCAUCGCCGACGCCUCCAAGUCUCUCUAUGACUCCUUUCACCUCAAUUUCUCCUCCUCCAUCCCUAGACCCCUGCUGGAGGACCUAGCAUCAGGUACUAUUGGUUCGGACUCUAUUCAGAGGAUAGCAAAAGUGCAUGAUCAGUACUUGGAGUUUGUGACCCUUGAGGACAAUUUAUUUUCACUCGCAAACAAGAACUGCUAUGUUCAGUUGAAUGAUCCCUCUGCCGGUGAUAAAGACAUUGAGGAGAUCAUUGAGAAGAUUGUGAGUGGCUUGUUCUGCGUUUUGGCUACGCUUGCUGUGGUGCCAAUCAUCAGGUGCCCUCGUGGGGGCCCAGCCGAGAUGGUGGCGUCGUUGCUGGAUCAGCGUCUGCGAGACCAUUUGUUGGUGAAAAACAACUUGUUCUCCGAAGGCGGCAAUUUUUCCAUAUCAUUUCAGAGGCCUGUUUUGUGUUUGUUCGAUAGGAAUUUCGAGUUGUCUGUUGCUAUUCAGCACGACUUUAGGUAUAGACCCCUUGUUCAUGAUGUUCUUGGGCUGAGAUUGAAUAGGCUGACUGUGCAAGGGGAGAAGGGCGGGGGGACGAAAUCCUUCGAGCUUGAUAGAUCUGAUCUGUUCUGGAUGGCAAAUGGAUCACUGGAAUUCCCAGAGGUGGCUCUAGAGAUUGAGAACCAGCUGAAUAAAUACAAGAAGGAUGUGGAGGAGGUAAACAGGAGAACCGGAGGCAACGAUGGUGGAGCCGAGUUUGAUGGGACCGAUUUGAUUGGCAACACGAAGCAUUUGAUGAAUGCUGUGAAUUCACUGCCUGAGCUGACCGAAAGGAAGCAAGUGAUAGACAAGCACACUAAUAUUGCGACUGCAUUGUUGGGCGAAAUCAAGGAGAGGUCUCUUGACACUUAUGCAAAAAAAGAGGAUGACAUGAUGGUCAAAGGUGGGAUUGACCGCAGUGAAGUCCUUGGGGUGCUAAAAGGGAAGGGGACAAAGUUGGACAAGCUCCGGUUCGCCAUCAUCUACAUCAUUUCAAGUGAGAACAUCCCUCAAUCAGAGAUUGAAACGAUUGAGGCUGCCCUAAGAGAGUGCGAGGUGGACACAAGCGCCUUUCAGUACGUGAAGAAAAUAAAAUCUCUAAACGUUUCAUUAGCUUCUGCAAAUUCAGCAGCCAGCAGGAACAAUAUUGUGGAUUGGGCAGAAAAGCUGUAUGGGCAGUCAAUCAGUGCUGUGACUGCCGGUGUGAAAAACCUCUUAGCCGGGGACCACCAGUUGGCGCUGUCCAGAACAGUUGAAGCGCUGAUGGAGGGGAAGCCGAACCCAGAAACCGACCCUUACCUCGUCUUCGAUCCACGUGCCCCUUCAGCAAGUAGCGGGGGGCAUCUGCCCAAAGGGCCAUUCAAAGAAGCCAUAGUGUUCAUGAUUGGAGGCGGGAACUACGUGGAGUAUGGCAGCUUGCAGGAUCUUGCAAACCGGCGGCAUCAGCAACAGCAGCAGCAGCCAGUCAAGCAUAUCAUAUACGGCGCCACGGAGAUUCUAACGGGAGGUGAAUUUGUAGAGCAGCUUGCAGUGCUGGGGAAGAAGAUGGGGUUAGGAAGCAGCGCCCCGGCGACCCAUUAAUAUAUUCUUUGUACUCCGUAGUAUAUAUACAUCAUUAUUUAUAACUAUAUGUGUGUGUUUGUGUUCUUGCAUUUAUAUAAACAAAUUCUAUCUCAUGGCCAUUGGUAACAAAACAACAAUGGCUAUAUCUGAACUGAACAGAACUGUGGGUUUUUGCCAGUAAUAUUUUGUUGUUGGAACGAUGGAUUGCCAUUUAAUGGUCAUGAUGACAUUCAUAGUAUUAUUGCUGAUGUUCGGACUUGUGUUAUGCUGUUGAAAUCUGUGACUUACAAAUUGUACUGUGAUUAAUAGAUUGAUUGUAUUUAA